AUGGCGCAAAAGUGGCCAUCCGGGCACACGGGCGCCGGCGGCGAUGUCUACGACGCCGCGGCAUACCUGGAUACCACAUAUGAUCGCAAAAAACACGAGGAACUGGCGGCACUGUACGACGAACGAUUCCAUAAGGAAAUAGACAGGUACCCGGACCUGUGCAAGCCAUGGGUGGACCACAUCGCACUCCUCAAGUCGCUGAGGCAGCCUGGCAGCAACGCCAGGGUGUACCGGAUAAAGGAUAUAUGCAUACUCGAGACUGUGGCGUCCGAAGUGCCACACCAUAACGAUGGUACGGCUACAAGUGGUCAGGAACGUGGUAACGACCCAAUCACCGAAAGGAUUCUGGCCACCUAUGAACGGGCGGUAAAGUACGUGCCGCUGAGUUACAAAGUAUGGUACGGCUACAUUAGGGACAGCAUAGAGGCCAUCAAAGCGCCUUUCUAUGCAAACCCGGCCGCGUAUCUGCGCAUCAACCGGGUGUUUGAAAACUGUCUGGUUCAUGUCUACGCCGCGCCGGCGAUAUACCUGCUCUACGGGCAGUUCCUCCGCACGCAGAACAUGAUCACGCGCGCAAGGCGCACGUACGAUCGAGCGUUGCUCAACCUGCCCAUUACUCAGCAUGCGAUGAUCUGGAACCACUACCUCCAGUUCGUCAAGGAGGUGGACCUGCUGCCGAUGGGGAGGGCGGUGCUCAGGCGCUACAUCCAGCUCAAGCCCAACCACAGGGAAACGCUGUACGAAUUGCUGAAACGGCACAAGCAGUAUGAUGAGGCCUGUGUGGUGCUCUGUGAGUUGCUGAAUGACGACAAGUUCGUCUCCGAAAGCGGCAAGUCGCAGUAUGACCUGUGGGUGGAACUCUGCGAGCUUGUCAGAGACAACUCCCACCACAUACACAGCAUCCCGAUCGACGAUAUCAUAAAGGAGGGAAUCGGAAAGUACAGCGACCAGGUCGCCCAGCUUUGGGUUAUACUGGCUGACAUACAUAUACUGAGGGGGCAGAUGCACAGCGCACGCGACGUGUAUGAGGAGGCAUUGAAGUCGGUCACAACGGUGCAAGACUUCUCAACAAUCUUCGAAGUGUACGCGAGGUUCCUGGAAAAGUUAGCCAAAGAGCGUAAGAAAACCGCGGGAGCCGCAACCGACGUCAUAAUCACCGUGGACAGGCUGGAGAACCUCAUCAACACACGCGCCAUUCUCAUGGCAAACGUCAAAUUGAAGCAGAACGUCCACAACGUCUACAACUGGCUGCACUACGCACAGCUCAUGCAGAACGACCCUAACAAAACGCAGCAAAUAUUUGAACAGGCUGUAGCUGCAGUGGACCCCAAGCGGUCAGUGGGCAGGGUCACCGAACUGUGGACCGCAUAUGCUUCGCAUUUCGAAUCGUCCGGAGACAUCGACGCGGCUGAUCACGUGUACGAAAAGGCUGUGGAGGGGAAUUUCAAGUAUGUGGACGAUUUGGCCUCCAUCUGGUGCGCUUGGGUGGAAAUGCACCUGAGGAACCAGAACUUCAGAAGAGCGUUGGAUUUAGCGAGGCAGGCUAUUGAUGUGAGGAACAAAAAGGAUCCAAACCAUGUGCAGCAGCGGCUGUAUCGGUCGGUAAAGCUCUGGAGUCUGUGUUUGGACCUGGAGCAGAACCUGGGGACCAUCGCAACCUGCAGGUCAACGUUUGACCUCAUGGUCGAACUCAAGGUGGUGACGCCGCAAAUUGCGCUCAAUUUCGCCACCUUUCUGGAGGACAAUAGAUACUUUGAAGCCGCUUUCAGCGUAUUCGAGAAAUGUGUCGCUCUGUUUAAGUGGCCGCAGCUCUACUACCUCUACCUGCCGUACCUCACCAAGUUUGUCAACAGGUACCACGGAAGCAAACUGGAGCGUGCACGCGACAUAUUCGACCAUUGCUUAAAUCCGGGGCAGGACUCCAAAACUGGAGACGUGCCCGCGCAGUACGUCAAGUACCUGUACUUCCUCUACGCCCACAUGGAGGAGGAGUUCGGGCUAGUCAGGCGCUGCCUAGGGAUAUUGAAAGACGCGACCAAGUGCGCGGACAAGGGUGACCAACUCACCAUGAUCAAGUUGUACCUGGCCAAAACAGCCGAAUUUUACGGAAUAGUGCAAACAAGAAACAUAUACCAGGAGUGCCUCGAAUUCGUAGACGACGAAUACGCACGCGAACUCUGUGGCAUGUACAUCCAGAUGGAAAGAGGUCUUGGAGAAAUAGACAGAGCUCGUGCCAUAUUCAUUUACUGCGCCCAGCUCUGCGAUCCGGAGAAACACGAACAGUUCUGGAAGGACUGGCGCGAGUUCGAGGUGCUACACGGAAACGAAGAGUGCUUCAGAGAAAUGCUCAGGAUCAAACGCAGCGUGCAAGCCAAAUAUAGCAAGGUGCACUUCAACACCGAAGAAAUUGAUGUUGAGCGAGACCAGCCACGGGGAACCUAA